CAUGCUCUCUCCAUCUUAGCGCUCAUCCCGCUGCUGCCUGCGCUUCUCUCUCUGUCUCACCCCCCUUUACCUCUCCGUCUAUCUGUCCCUCCCCCUGCACACGCUCCCUCUCUCUUUCUGACACAUACACACACUUUCACUUACAUACACUCAGACACACUCUCUCUACAACACAUAUAUACAUAAUCACGCACUCACUCCACACACAUGCUCACGCACACACGCCGGUCCAACAUACCUGUGCAGGCUGGGGGGAGCGUGCUGGAGGGGGCUUUUCUGCAGCGUUGUCUCUGAGGGUGCUGUGCCAUCAUUUGGGGAAGAAGCGGGUCUCAAUUGUUUUCUCUUUCCUCUUCCUCUCAUUCCUGGAAUGCUAAAACUGGACUGAUGGACAUUUCAGAACUUUGUCUUCCCGACCCUCUCAGCUAUCAUAACCAGGCUUUGUUGUCCAAUUCAUUAGAGAGAUUCCUGAGUCCACUGGCCACGCUGGAGCCCUCUCAUUUCUGGCUGCUGAAUAGAAUGGCCGCUGAUGACCGGCACCUACCCUCCAGUUGUGGGUCCUACAUCAAGACGGAGCCAUCCAGUCCCUCCUCAGUCAUUGACACGGUCAGUCACCACAGCCCCAGCGGGAACUCAGACGCCAGUGGCGGCUAUGUCAGCACGAUGAACAGCCACUCCAACAGCCACUCCAAUAGCCACUCCAAUAGCCACUCCAACGGCCUGGACUCUCCACCUAUGUUCACCCCCGGCGGGCUCGGGGCCGGCACCUGCCGCAAGCGCUACGACGACUGCUCCAGCACCAUCAUGGAGGACUCGUCCAUAAAGUGCGAAUACAUGUUGAACUCCCUCCCCAAGAGGCUGUGCCUGGUCUGUGGAGAUAUAGCCUCGGGGUAUCACUAUGGGGUGGCCUCUUGUGAGGCCUGCAAAGCCUUUUUUAAAAGGACAAUACAAGGUAACAUAGAAUACAGCUGUCCUGCCACAAAUGAGUGUGAGAUCACAAAACGGAGACGCAAGUCAUGUCAGGCUUGUCGCUUCAUGAAAUGCCUCAAAGUGGGGAUGCUCAAAGAAGGGGUUCGUCUGGACCGCGUGCGCGGGGGAAGACAGAAGUACAAGCGGAGGUUGGACGCAGAAAACAACCCCUACCUGGGCUUGACGCUGCCCCCUCCCACCAAAAAGCCUCUCACAAAGAUAGUGUCUCACCUGUUGGUGGCGGAGCCAGAGAAGAUCUAUGCCAUGCCUGACCCCACCAUGCCGGAGAGCGACAUCAAGGCUCUGACCACGCUGUGCGACCUGGCUGACCGCGAGCUGGUGGUCAUCAUCGGCUGGGCCAAGCACAUCCCAGUUCGUGAAAAGAAGGGAGAACCCAGGAAGAACAAGGCUUCCGUCUCCCUGCUUCUCCCUCUACAACCAUCCUUCGGCUCCGUACCUAUCCGACGGACCCCCCACGGCAACAAACGCACCUCACAAUUCACGUACCUCAGAAGCCGAGUGGUGUCACUUGGCAGAGACUAA